UUCCGGCCUCGCGCCUCCGAGUACUUCCGGGGCAGAACUGGAGGGGACGCGCGGGCGCGCGCACGUGGGGCCUGGGCAGAGAGAGGCGAGGUCUCGGGGUUGGCGGUGCUGGCCGCAGGAAUGGGUGAAUUUAAGGUCCAUCGAGUACGUUUCUUUAAUUAUGUUCCACCAGGGAUCCGAUGUGUGGCUUACAAUAACCAGUCAAACAGAUUGGCUGUUUCACGAACAGAUGGCACUGUGGAAAUUUAUAACUUGUCCGCAAACUACUUUCAAGAGAAAUUUUUCCCAGGUCAUGAGUCUCGAUCGACUGAAGCCUUGUGUUGGGCAGAAGGACAGCGGCUCUUUAGUGCUGGACUCAACGGAGAAAUUCUUGAGUAUGACCUACAGACAUUAAACAUCAAGUAUGCCCUGGAUGCCUCUGGAGGACCUAUUUGGAGUCUGGCUGCCAGCCCCAGUGGCUCUCAACUCUUGGUUGGCUGUGAAGAUGGAUCUGUGAAACUGUUUGAAGUCACCCCAGACAAAAUCCAGUUUGCAAGAAAUUUUGAUCGGCAAAAAAGUCGCAUCCUGAGUCUCAGCUGGCAUCCUGCUGGUACCCACAUUGCAGCUGGUUCCAUAGACUACAUUAGUGUGUUUGAUGUCAAAUCAGGGAGCACUCUCCGUAAGAUGAUUGUAGAUAGGCAACACCUGGGAAUGACUAAGUCAAAAUGUAUUGUGUGGGGUGUGGCCUUCUUGUCCGAUGGCACUGUCAUAAGUGUGGACUCUGUUGGGAAAGUGCAGUUAUGGGACUCUGCUACUGGGACACUUGUCAAGAGCCACCUCAUCGCAAAUGCUGAUGUGCAGUCCAUUGCUGUUGCUGAUCAAGAAGACAGUUUCGUGGUGGGUACAGCCGAGGGCACAGUAUUCCAUUUUCAGCUGGUCUCUGUGACCUCUAACAGCAGUGAGAAGCAGUGGGUGCGAACCAAACCAUUCCAGCACCACACUCACGACGUGCGCACUGUGGCCCACAGCCCGACGGCUCUGAUCUCUGGAGGCACUGACACCCACCUUGUCAUUCGUCCUCUCAUGGAGAAGGUGGAGGUCAAGAAUUAUGAUGCUGCUCUCCGAAAGAUCACCUUCCCCCAUCGGAGGCUCGUUUCCUGCUCUAAAAGAAGGCAGCUGCUCCUCUUCCAGUUUGCUCACCACUUGGAACUUUGGCGACUUGGAUCCACAGCUGCCACAGGCAAGAAUGGGGAUACCCUUCCACUCUCUAAAAAUGCAGAUCAUCUACUGCACCUCAAGACAAAGGGCCCUGAGAACAUUAUAUGCAGCUGCAUCUCACCUUGUGGGAGUUGGAUAGCCUAUUCUACAGCUUCUCGGUUCUUUCUCUAUCGAUUAAAGUAUGUACGGGACAACAUAAGCCUCCAGAGAGUAAGUUUGCCAUCCAAAGAGCCCAGGGUUUCCAAAAUGCCAGCAUUCCUUCGUUCUGCCCUUCACAUUUUGUUUUCUGAAGAUUCAACAAAGCUCUUUGUGGCAUCAAAUCAAGGAUCCCUGCAUAUCAUUCAGCUGUUAGAAGGAAGCUUCAAGCACCUGCAUUCUUUCCAGCCUCAGUCAGGGACAGUGGAGGCCAUGUGUCUUUUGGCAGUCAGUCCAGAUGGGAAUUGGCUAGCUGCAUCAGGUACCAGUGCUGGAGUCCACGUGUACAAUCUGAAUCAUCUAAAGCUUCACUGCACAGUACCUGCUUACAGUUUUCCAGUGACUGCCCUGGCCAUCGCCCCGAAUACCAACAACCUUGUCAUUGCUCACUCUGACCAGCAGGUGUUUGAAUUCAGCAUCCCAGACAAGCAGUAUACAGAGUGGAGCCGGACUGUCCAGAAACAGGGCUUUCACCAGCUGUGGCUCCAAAGGGAUACUCCCAUCACACACAUCAGCUUUCAUCCCAAGAGACCAAUGCAUAUCCUCCUGCACGAUGCGUACAUGUUUUGCAUCAUUGACAAGUCAUUGCCUCUUCCAAAUGACAAAGCUGUGCUGUAUAAUCCACUUCCUCCCAAAGAUGAAUCUGAUGUCUUCCUGAGGCGCACGACCCAUGCCUUUAAAAUUUCUAAGAUAUAUAAGCCUCUGCUCUUCAUGGAUCUUUUGGAUGAAAGGACACUCGUGGCGGUAGAACGGCCUCUGGAUGACAUCAUUGCCCAACUCCCACCACCCAUCAAAAAGAAGAAAUUUGGAACUUAGAAGAGGGCAUUGUCAGUGUACUUUCUUGAACUGUCUUCCCUGGGUUUUUUUUGAUUUUUGUUUUUUGUUUUUUUUGUCCAUUUGUUUAUUUCCCACAUCAUGAUAAUAAAAAAAGUUAUUCUUUA